GUGGGGGGAGCGGCGCUGGGGGGCUAUGGAGACGGCUUGGACACGGCAAGCGAGGAAGCUCUAGAGGUGGAAGAGACUGUGACUUGUCCAGAGAGCUUUAAUUGGUCUCAAGUGGCAUCAGAGAAAAAAGAUGCCAGGGGGCACCUUGUCUGUCCCGGCAGACCCUCGUCCGUUCCGCUGUCCCGAGUGCGGUAAGGGAUUUGCCCAGAGCUCAAACCUGGUGAAACAUCAGCGGAUCCACACGGGGGAGCGCCCCUUCCGGUGCCCUGAGUGUGGCCGUGGCUUCAGCUGGAGCUCGUCGCUGGCAGAGCACCUCAAGGCCCAUGGCGGGUGCCGUCCCCACGCGUGUGGCGAGUGCGGGAAGCGCUUCGCCCGCGGCUCUACGCUGGCUGAGCAUCAGCGGGUGCACACGGGGGAGAAGCCCUUCCGCUGCCACCAAUGCGGGGCCCGUUUCUCGCAGAGCUCCACCCUGGCGCACCACUUGCGCACGCACUCGGGCGAGCGCCCCCACGCCUGCCCCGACUGCGGGAAGCGCUUUGGGCGCAAGUCCACCCUCGUCACUCACUGGCGGAUUCACACCGGCGAAAAGCCCUACCUCUGCAGGGAGUGCGGCCGCUGUUUCGGGGUCAGCUCUGACCUCGCCAAGCAUGUGCGCAAACACUGCGCCAACGGCAACAGCUGGGGAAAUGCCGCAGGAGAGGCCCAAGCCCCUCCUCCCAGUUCAGGCACAGAUCAGGGCAUCCAGCAAAUGGAAGACGCUUCCCCCGAGGUUUCGGAUAUGCCUGGGCAGCAAAGCGAUCUCGCAGAUGGGGAGGAAGAGGGAACGUAUACGUGCCCGGAGUGCGGAGAGAGCUUCAGUCAGAGUUCUGCGUUGACCGCCCAUCAAAGGAUCCAUUUGGGUGAGGUUGCUAACUGCUGCCAUCAGUGCGGCGAAGUCUUCCCUGAUCACUCGGAACUAGAGGCCCAUGUAGCAAGUCAUGAUGUGGAGGACAAACCGUACAAAUGCUCUGAUUGCUCUGCUUGCUUUCCUGAAAGCUCUGACCUUAAGAAACAUCGGAGGGUACACCUUGGAGAUGUAUCCCACUGCUGCCACCAAUGCGGUGAGGACUUUCCCAAUUGCGCUGACUUGGAGCAGCACCAGAGUGCCCACAGUGAGCAGAGGGAGCCCUUUAAAUGCCUGGAGUGUGGAGCCUCCUUUACUGAGUCUGCUGCUCUAGCUAUGCACCAGAGAAUUCACUUGGAUGUGAAUACCUGUGGCUGCCCCCAAUGUGGGAAAACGUUUCUUGAUCCUGACGAGCUGGCACUUCACCAGGUGAGUCAUACUGGCAAGGGAGAGGAGGAAGAAAAGCCUUAUAUGUGCCCCGUUUGCAGUGCUUGCUUCUCUGAGAGCACUGACCUUGUGACACAUAGGAUGAGCCACGGGGCAGAUGAAAAAUCCCACAGCUGCCACCAAUGCGGUGAAGCAUUCCCUAGUAACUCAGAGCUUGUGAGCCACCAGCUGAGCCACCCCGCAGAGGUUGCCUUGGACAAGCCAUACUCCUGUGUAGACUGCGGCAAGAACUUUGCCCUCUUUGCCACACUGGCGGCCCACGAACGCACCCACAUGUCCGAUGAUGCCGCCUACCGCUGCCCGACGUGUGGCGAACGCUUUCCCGACAGCGGCAAGCUGGAGAGGCACCAGCAGCGCCACCUGGGCGAAGAGAGGCCGUUCCGGUGCCCAGCUUGCGGCAAGGGCUUCGUGCUGCUCUCCGGGCUGCGGCAGCAUCAGCGCGACCCGCCCUCCCGGUGUCCUCAGUGCGGCGAGACCUUCACGUGGCGCUGCCGGCUCACCGAACACCGGCGCAACUGCCACCCGGCCGAGCGCCCCUAUAAGUGCCCCGAGUGCGGCAAGGGCUUUGCGCAGAGCUCAAAGCUACUGCGGCACCAGGUGACGCACACCGGCGAGAAGCCCUUCAAGUGCCCCGAGUGCGGCAAAAUCUUCAGCCAGAGCUCCAACCUGGCCGAGCACCGGCGCACGCACGCCCCCGGCAAGGCGCACUGCUGCGCCAUCUGCGGCAAGGCCUUCGCCCUGGGCUCCUAUCUAGCCAAGCAUCAGGCCACCCACACAGGGGCCCGCCCGUUCCGGUGCACGGAGUGCGGCAAGGGCUUCCGGCAAAGCUCCAACCUUAUUCAGCACCAGCGCACGCACACGGGCGAGAGGCCCUACGUCUGUGGCUCCUGCGGCAAAUCCUUCACCCAGAACUCACACCUGGUGAAGCACCGGCGGGUCCACACGGCCGAAAGGCCCUACCGCUGCCCCGUCUGCGGCAAGAGCUUCCGGCAACGCGGCAACCUCGCAGAGCAUCAGCACCAGCACGCUGGCACCCGGCCGUACGUCUGCGGGGCUUGCGGGAAAUCCUUCCGAUGGAGUUCGGCGUUCUCCAAACACCAGCGUACGCACCUCGCUCCCUGACCUCUGAUCCUGCGAGGGAAGCAUCUGGUGUGGGCAGGGG